ACGUGCCCAAGUCAUCAGCAAAUCGUCGUCGGGAACGAAAAGUCGGAAAAAACGUACAAAAUCUUUAUUUUCGCACCGUAAAACCCUCGGAAUCGGUCCGGAAUAGCGUGUCUCCGGUAGCGGACAAUCCGGUGCGCGGUUUCACGGCCACGUUCGGUCCCGGACGCGUCGCAAAGUGUUCAAUUUGUGACUUUUCCUUAUCGAAGAAUUUGCAGUGAGAAUCUUUUUUUCGUUUCGUCCCCACGACGUCUCCACUUGUCCUCCGCCCCGCCGCGGGGUACCGUGUCACACGGUGAACACCUGGGUGGUCCCCGAAGGGGAGCUGGGGGAGGAGACCUUUUAAGUGUGUUUUUAUUCUUUGAGGGUUUAUAGAGAAAAAGUUUUGUGAAAUGGCCCUCGGUUGGACUGCGAGGGUUGGAGGUUUUCGCAGUGAUAACAUCCGGCGGGGACCGCGGGCCUAGGCCCUUGGGCCAAAUCCAAAAGAGACACUGAUAACAGCGAGUAGUCACCGUAAAGUAUGCCAACAUUAGCCACGAGCGGAACGCCGACGACGACCAGCAGCAACAGCAGCACGACUCCGGUGGCCACCCCGACCACCCCCUCUUCCUCGAGCGGCGGAACCAGCAACAGCAAAACGAAGGAAAUGUUUAUCGUGCGGGCGCUGGAGAAGAUCCUCGGCGAUAAGGACAUCAAGCGGUCCCACCACUCGCAGCUGAAGCGGGCCUGCGAUGCGGCACUUGAGGACAUCCGGGAGGAGCUGAAGGAGGCCGGCCAGGUGGAGCACAAUGGCGAGGUGCCGGUUCCGUCGGCGGCCCUGCCGCUGCCCAAGAACGACUCGGCCAACAUUGUCAACGCGGAGAAGUACUUUUUGCCGUUCGAGUUGGCGUGCCAAAGCAAGACGCCGCGGAUCGUCGUGACGGCGCUCGACUGCCUGCAAAAGCUGAUCGCGUACGGCCACCUGACGGGGAACAUUCCGGACUCGGCGAACCCGGGCAAGUUCCUGAUCGAUCGGAUCGUGACGACGAUCUGCAACUGCUUCAUGGGACCGCAGACGGACGAGGGCGUGCAGUUGCAGAUCAUUAAGGCGUUGCUGACGGUGGUCACGUCGCAGCAUGUCGAGGUGCACGAGGGCACGGUGCUGCAGGGCGUGCGGACCUGCUACGACAUCUAUCUGUCCAGCAAGAACUUGAUCAACCAGACGACGGCACGGGCGACGUUGACGCAGAUGUUGAACGUGAUCUUCACCCGGAUGGAGAAUCAAGCGUAUGAGAUGGGAUCAAACGCAGCGACGACGACGGCGGUAGUUCCGGUGACUCCCCCGGCGGAGGAAAAGCACCCCGACUACGACAUGGUGCGUGGAAUCGUCGACGAGAUCGUGGACAAUGUGAUAGCGGCUGCGGCGUCGGCCGUGGACGAGCUGAGCACUAAGAGUACCGGGGAGUCCGGGGACGCCGAAACGGGCAGCAUCGGUGGGGUGUCCAACGGGGGCACGGACAGUACCUCGAUCGCGCGGGUACCCUCCCAGGAGAGCAUGGAAGUGACGAGCGAAAACGACAGCAUCGUGACGGCUAAGUUUACCCACAUCUUGCAAAAGGACGCCUUCCUGGUGUUCCGUGCGCUGUGCAAACUCUCCAUGAAACCUCUCCCCGAAGGGCAUCCGGAUCCAAAGUCGCACGAGUUGCGAUCGAAGAUCCUCUCGCUUCAUCUGCUACUGUCGAUUCUCCAGAAUGCCGGCCCCGUCUUUCGCUCGAACGAAAUGUUCAUCAUGGCCAUCAAGCAGUACCUGUGCGUGGCGCUGUCCAAAAACGGCGGAAGUUCCGUCCCGGAAGUGUUCGAACUGUCCCUUUCGAUCUUCGUGGCCCUGCUGUCCAACUUUAAAAUGCACCUCAAGAAGCAGAUCGAGGUGUUCUUCAAGGAGAUCUUCCUGAACAUUCUGGAGGCGCCCAGUUCCUCGUUUGAGCACAAGUGGAUGGUGAUUCAGGCGCUGACCCGGAUCUGUGCGGACGCACAGAGCGUGGUGGACAUUUACGUAAACUACGACUGUGACUUUUCGGCGGCGAAUCUUUUUGAACGGCUCGUCAACGAUCUGAGUAAGAUUGCUCAGGGUCGGCAGGCGCUCGAGCUGGGCACAUCGGUGAACCAGGAAAAGUCGAUGCGAAUCCGCGGGCUGGAGUGUCUGGUGUCGAUCCUGAAGUGCAUGGUCGAGUGGAGUAAGGAUCUGUACGCGAAUCCAAACUCGCAAACCAGUUUGGGCGAUCCACCGGCCGUUGCGACGAAUCCGAAAUCUCCGGACGAAGUGCACGAGCCGUUGAAGAGUCACGGUGGGUCGACGAUCAGCAUGAACUCGGUCGGUAGUACGAAUACGUCCGGUGGGAAUCGGGAAGUGUUGGAUCUUCCGGAGGAGCUUGAGGAACGCAAGCAGCGCAAGGAGGUGAUGGAAACGGGGAUUGACAUGUUCAACCGCAAACCGAAGAAGGGAAUGCAGUUCCUGCAGGAACGUGGCAUGUUGGGGACGAGCUGCGAGGACGUGGCCAAGUGGCUGCACGAGGACGAACGGCUGGACAAGACCCAGGUCGGGGACUACCUGGGGGAUAACGACGAACAAAGCAAGGCUGUGAUGUGCGCCUAUAUCGAUGCUAUGAACUUUGCCGAGCUGGACAUUGUGGCCGCGUUGCGGUACUUGGAAGGGUUCCGUCUGCCCGGCGAGGCAAAGAUCGAUCGGUUGAUGGAAAAGUUUGCGAGCAGAUAUUGCGACUGCAACCCGAACAACACCCUAUUCGCAUCCGCCGACACCGUCUACGUGCUGGCCUUUUCGGUGAUUAUGCUGACGACGGAUCUGCACUCGCCCCAGGUCAAGCACAAGAUGACCAAGGAACAGUACAUCAAGAUGAAUCGCGGCAUCAGCGACAACAAGGACCUGCCGGAGGAAUAUUUGUCGCAGAUUUACGACGAAAUUGCCGGGCAUGAGAUUAAGAUGAAGAACACGGUCGCGAGCAAACCGCAAGGCAAGCAGAUCAUCGUGAACGAAAAGAAGCGCAAACUGUUGUGGAACGUCGAGAUGGAGGCGCUGUCCACGACGGCCAAGAACCUGAUGGAGUCGGUGUCGCACGUGAAGGUCUUUACCUCCGCCAAACACCUCGAGCAUGUCCGGCCAAUGUUCAAAAUGGCCUGGACCAGCUUCCUGGCGACGUUCUCCGUCGGUCUGCAAGACUGUGACGAUCCGGAAAUCGCCAGUCUCUGCCUGGACGGAAUCCGCUGCGCCGUCCGGAUCGCGUGCAUCUUCCACAUGACGCUGGAACGGGACGCUUACGUCCAGGCGCUGGCUCGCUUCACCCUCCUUACCGCCAACUCACCGAUCAACGAGAUGAAGGCCAAAAACAUUGACACCAUCAAAACCCUAAUCAUGGUGGCGCACACCGACGGAAACUAUCUCGGCUCCAGCUGGUUGGACAUUGUCAAGUGCAUCUCGCACCUCGAACUCGCCCAGCGCAUCGGUACCGGCGUCCGGCCAGAAUUCCUCUCCGGCCCAGCGUCCCACCGUGACGCGUUGGAUCCCUCAGCCAAGGAACACAUCGGAGAAACCAGCUCGCAGAGCAUCGUCGUAGCAGUCGAUCGGAUCUUCACCGGAUCAAUUCGCCUCGAUGGGGACGCCAUCGUUGACUUUGUUAAAGCACUGUGCCAAGUUUCGCUGGACGAACUGACGCGACCUCAGCCGCGAAUGUUCUCCCUGCAGAAGAUUGUCGAAAUUUCCUACUACAACAUGGGCCGCAUCCGGUUGCAGUGGUCCCGAAUCUGGCAGAUCUUGGGCGAGCACUUCAACGCGGUCGGUUGCAACACCAACGAGGAAAUUGCCUUCUUUGCGCUUGACAGCUUGAGGCAACUUUCGAUGAAAUUCAUCGAAAAAGGCGAGUUCACCAACUUCCGCUUCCAAAAGGAUUUCCUGCGUCCGUUCGAGCACAUCAUGAAAAAGAACUGCUCGCCGGCAAUCCGGGACAUGGUCUGUCGGUGCGUGGCCCAGAUGGUCAACUCGCAAGCCCACAACAUCAAAUCCGGCUGGAAGAACAUCUUCUCGGUGUUCCAUCUGGCUGCCGGCGACACAGACGAAGCGAUCGUCGAGUUGGCCUUCCAGACGACGGGGAAGAUCAUCACCGAUUUGUACCAGUCGCAGUUUCACAUCAUGAUCGAUUCAUUCCAGGACGCGGUCAAGUGUCUGUCGGAGUUUGCCUGCAACGCCAAGUUCCCCGACACGAGCAUGGAAGCGAUUCGCCUUGUGCGGACGUGCGCUCUUUGCGUCAACGACGCCCCAAAUCUGUUUGCCGAACACGCCGGCAUGGAAAACGAUGUGUCCGUUUCGGAGGAGGAUCGCGUUUGGGUUCGGGGCUGGUUCCCGAUGCUGUUCUCGCUGUCCUGCGUUGUGAACCGCUGCAAGCUGGAUGUGCGUACCCGCGGACUCACGGUCCUCUUCGAAAUCGUCAAAACACACGGCGAUGCGUACAAACCCAACUGGUGGCGUGACCUGUUCAACAUUCUGUUCCGAAUCUUUGACAACAUGAAACUCCCCGAACACCACACCGAAAAAGCGGAAUGGAUGACGACGACGUGCAACCACGCGCUGUACGCGAUCAUCGAUGUCUUCACCCAAUACUUUGACAUCCUCGGACCGAUGCUGCUCAAAGAUCUGUACUGUCAACUGCACUGGUGCGUGCAGCAAAACAACGAGCAGCUCGCCCGAUCCGGCACCAACUGCUUGGAGAACCUGGUCAUCUCGAACGGACUCAAGUUCAACGAAGACACCUGGGACAAGACCUGCCAGUGCAUGCUGGACAUCUUCAACAGCACGUUACCGGAAGAACUGCUCUACUGGAAGCCCGACCCGAACCCCCAAAGCAUGACCCACAGCGCGAGCUACCCGCAAAACGGAGACCUACCCCGGCACGGCAUCCUCAAGCGAUCCCCGUCCCAGCACUCCGUCUUCAACCAACUGGACGACCCAACCCUCAACCCCGAACUCAACCAAACGGCCACCCUCUUCUCGAACCUCCUUAUCAAGUGCGUCGUCCAGCUCGAGCUGAUCCAAACCAUCGACAACAUCAUCUUCUUCCCCGCCACAUCCCGCAAAGAAGACGCCGAAACCCUGGCCCAAGCCGCCGCCGAACUCUCCCACAACACCUCAACGGCUCAACCAACAGCUCCAACCCCGUCCUCCGUCCUGAACCACUCGCUCUCCACCGAAGAGUGUCAACGCGAAGAGCAGGGCAUGUACAGCUACCUGAACACGCCCCACCUCCUGCAACUCAUCGACUGUCUGCUGCAAAGUCAUCGCUUUGCGAAAAAGUUCAACUCGAACCACGACCAGCGCAACGUCCUGUGGAAGGCCGGCUUCAAGGGUUCGCUCAAGCCGAACCUGCUGAAGCAGGAAACGCAAUCCUUGCGUGUGCUGCGCAUCCUGUUCAAGAUGUACAGCGACGAGAGCCGGCGCCGCGACUGGCAGGACAUCGAGAAGCGGCUGAUUGCCGUCUGUACCGAGGCGUUGGAUUACUUCCUGUCGCUGCAGAGCGAACCGCACCGGGACGCGUGGACGUCGCUGCUGCUGCUGGUGAUGACGCGGCUGCUCAAGAUGCCGGACUCGAGGAGUGCGCUGGUGGCGCCACAGGCGCCUUAA